AUGGCCUCCCUCCAGUCAGCACCAAAUAUGGGCACUGGAAACAUGAGCCUGCCGCCAAAUUUGACGCAGCAGGGUAUUCAAGAGAUCUUUCAGAAAUUCAAACAGAUGCAAGAGCAGGGCGUUCGCCAUGACGACCCUGAAUACCUGAAGUUCCAUAACAUACUUUCCGCUGUUCAAAGACAGCAGGUCUAUAACAAGCAGAGACAGAUUGCGCAACAGCAGCUGCAAGCGCAGCAGCGCCAACAGCAGUUGAAUGGUGUGACUCCUGAAUCUGCAGCCGCAAACGGUGUCAAUGGUCGAAGCAACUCGGUUUCUUCUGGGGCUGGCGCUGCUCAAGAUGCCACGGCCACUGGUCAGCAACAGACUCAGGGGCAGGCCGCUUCUCAGAAGGGCGGCCCUGUCGCCGGUGGUGGCUUCUCUGCGGAGCAACUUGCGACGCUCCGAAAUCAAAUUUUGGCUUUCAAAAUGCUCUCGAAGAAUCUUCCAUUGCCCCCCCGUGUCCAGCAACAGCUAUUCGCUUCUAAGAAACAACACACUCCCGCGCCUUCUGAUAGUGUGACAGCCGCAGAAGCUGUUCUGGAAGGCGUAGCACGAGGGAAAUCCGAGCAGCCUACAAGCACAACUGAUGCGACCCCUCAGUCUAAAGAUUUUUAUGAAAAUUUCCAGUCGCCGUUUGAAUCAAUCCCCAAGACUAUCAGCUUCACAGACCACGCUUCCCGUACAAACCGUGCGCGUGUUCCCGCCUUGAUGCCACCUGGAAUUGAUCUAGAGCAGGUGCGCGAAGAGAGGGAGGUGAUUUUGUACAAUAGAAUCAAUGCGCGAAAGGCGGAGUUGGCUGAGCUGCCUGCUAAUCUUGGCGUAUGGGAUUCUAGCCGAAGCGAUACCGCAACGGGUGAUGACUCGUUGAAGUUGAAAGCUCUCAUUGAAUACAAGAUGCUCAACUUGCUACCCAAGCAAAGGCUGUUUCGCAAGCAAAUCCAGAACGAGAUGUUCCACUUUGAUAAUUUGGGCAUGACCGCGAAUCGCUCUAAUCAUCGCCGGAUGAAGAAACAAUCCUUGCGGGAGGCGAGGAUCACUGAAAAGCUGGAGAAGCAGCAGCGUGAUGCUCGUGAGACACGGGAGAAGAGGAAGCAAUACGACCAGCUUCAAGCCAUUCUUCAGCACGGUCUUGAGCUUCAGAACGCUGCUAACCAACAACGCACCCGCAUGCAGAAAUUGGGUCGCAUGAUGCUUCAGCAUCAUCAACACAUGGAGCGUGAGGAGCAGAAACGUGUUGAGCGGACUGCUAAGCAGCGUCUCCAGGCACUGAAGGCCAACGACGAAGAGACUUACAUGAAGCUUCUUGGCCAGGCUAAAGAUUCACGUAUUUCUCAUCUUCUGAAGCAAACGGAUAACUUCCUCAAACAACUUGCAGCCUCUGUUAGGGAGCAGCAGCGCAGCCUCGCCCAAAGCUAUGGCGAAGACGAUCAGUUCUAUGAGGAUGAAGAAGAUGAUAUUGCAUCCGGAACUGAUGAAGAAGAAGAAGGCAGUGGAAGACGCAAGAUCGAUUACUAUGCUGUUGCUCAUCGCAUCAAGGAAGAUGUCACUGAGCAGCCAAACAUUCUUGUUGGUGGCCAGCUCAAGGAAUACCAAAUGAGAGGUCUGCAGUGGAUGAUCUCUCUGUACAAUAAUAACCUCAACGGUAUUCUGGCUGAUGAGAUGGGUCUUGGAAAGACCAUCCAGACAAUCAGCUUGAUCACCUACAUUAUUGAAAAGAAGAAGAACAACGGCCCGUUCUUGGUGAUUGUGCCCCUCAGUACCCUCACCAACUGGAACCUGGAGUUCGAAAAGUGGGCACCGGCUGUUUCGAGAGUUGUCUACAAGGGCCCCCCUAAUGCUCGUAAACAGCAGCAGCAGGCCAUUCGGUGGGGUAACUUCCAGGUCCUUCUAACCACCUACGAAUAUAUCAUCAAGGACCGACCGAUCUUGAGCAAGGUCAAAUGGACUCACAUGAUUGUCGAUGAGGGUCAUCGCAUGAAAAAUACUCAGUCCAAGCUGAGCAGUACUCUAUCGCAGUACUACACCAGCCGGUACCGUCUGAUUUUGACUGGUACUCCCCUGCAGAACAACCUACCUGAGCUGUGGGCGCUGUUGAACUUUGUUCUGCCGAAUAUCUUUAAAUCUGUGAAAUCGUUUGAUGAGUGGUUUAACACCCCGUUUGCCAACACUGGUGGCCAGGACCGCAUGGAGCUGUCGGAAGAAGAACAAUUGCUAGUCAUCCGUCGCUUACACAAGGUUCUUAGACCCUUCUUGCUCAGGCGUCUCAAGAAGGAUGUGGAGAAGGACCUGCCAGAUAAGCAGGAACGAGUCAUCAAGUGCCGUUUCUCUGCUUUGCAAGCCAAACUGUACAGACAACUUGUUACCCACAACAAGAUGGCUGUCAGCGACGGUAAGGGUGGCAAGACUGGAAUGCGCGGCCUUAGUAAUAUGCUGAUGCAACUGCGGAAACUGUGCAAUCAUCCUUUCGUGUUUGAACCCGUCGAGGAUCAAAUGAACCCUACACGGGGCACCAAUGACCUUAUUUGGCGUACCGCUGGUAAAUUUGAGCUUCUUGACCGUAUCCUCCCUAAGUUUCGGGCAACUGGUCACCGCGUCUUGAUGUUUUUCCAGAUGACUCAGAUCAUGAACAUCAUGGAAGACUUCUUGCGUCUCCGUGGAAUGAAAUAUCUUCGCCUGGACGGUUCGACGAAAUCGGAUGAUCGCUCCGAACUUUUGAAGCUUUUCAAUGCUCCGGGCUCGGAAUAUUUCUGCUUCCUGCUUUCGACUCGCGCGGGCGGUCUAGGUCUCAAUCUCCAGUCUGCUGACACCGUCAUCAUCUUUGACUCCGAUUGGAACCCUCACCAGGAUUUGCAAGCCCAAGAUCGUGCACACCGUAUCGGACAAAAGAACGAAGUUCGUAUCCUGCGUCUGAUUAGCUCCAACUCCGUCGAGGAAAAGAUCCUUGAGCGUGCGCAGUUCAAGCUUGAUAUGGAUGGCAAGGUCAUUCAGGCAGGAAAAUUCGACAACAAGUCUACCAAUGAGGAACGGGAUGCUCUACUGCGGACGCUUCUGGAAACAGCCGAGGCGGCCGAUCAGAUCGGCGAACAAGACGAAAUGGAUGAUGACGACCUGAAUGAUAUUAUGGCUCGUUCUGACGAGGAAUUGACUGUCUUCCAGCGUUUGGACAAAGAACGACCUUUGAGAGACCACUACGGCCCCGGUCACCCAUUGCCUCGUCUGAUGGGAGAGAAUGAGCUUCCAGAGCUCUACCUUGCUGAGGAUAACCCUGUCACAGAGGAGGCCGAUGUCGAAGUUAGUGGGCGAGGUGCACGUGAGCGCAAGAUUACGCGGUACGAUGACGGUCUCACCGAGGAGCAAUGGCUCAUGGCUGUGGAUGCCGACGAUGAUACGAUUGAAGAGGCCAUUGCCCGAAAGGAAGCUAGAGUUGAACGUCGGCGCAUCAACAAGGAGAAGCGCCAACGAAAGGGAGGGGCCGAAUCGUCUCCCGAACCGUCUCGUGAAAGCUCAGAAACACCUCAGCCUAAAAAGCGGCGUAGGGGUCCUGCACCCAAACGCAAGGCGGAGGAAGUUGUGGAUGAGACACCUCAGCCCAAGCGCAAGAGGGGCAGGCAAGCCAAACCCGUGGAAACAUUGAGCCCCGAAGAUCGUGCUAUUCUCCAACGGAUAGUCAACCACGUUUACCAGUCUUUGAUGGAAAUGGAACAGGAGCUGCCGGCUGAUUCGUCGGAUAGCGAAGAUGGCCCUGUUAGCCGGUCCAUCAUUGAGCCAUUUAUGAAGCCACCGCCGAAGUCGCAGUAUCCCGACUACUACAUGAUCAUUCAAAACCCCAUCGCCAUGGAGAUGAUCCGGAAAAAGAUAAAUCGUGACGAAUACCAGAAUCUGAAAGAUUUCCGAAAUGAUAUCCAUCUUCUAUGCCAGAAUGCCCGGACCUACAAUGAAGACGGUAGCAUCUUGUUCCAGGAUGCUAAUGACAUCGAGGCCAAAUGUCUUUCUGAGUUGAAGAAGGAAACCGAGGGCCACCCGCAGUUUGCUAACUUUGACGACUUGGGCUCACCGGCUGCCAAUGAUUUAUCUACCGCUGCUGCCUCUGGGGCCGAGACUCCCAGCACUGUUGCUACACCGGCGCAGCCAAAGCUGAAGCUUACGUUCAACAGUGGUAACCGGGACAGCACUGGGUUUAUGAAUGGAACUCCUGGUGUUGGGAUGAGCGAAGAUGAGUAA